CUCCCCUGCAUCCUCGCCUCUCUCCCUCUCUCCUCGCCCGCCGGGUGCUGAAGUUGGACGGAUGGCAGCGAACAGGCUCCGCUAGAGGACCGAGCAGCCCAGCCUAGCGCCCCCGGACCUGUCCGUGCGCUGCCCACACCUCCAGGCUCCUGGCCAGUCCAGUGGCAACGCAGCUGAAAUGCGAAAGAGGCAGCAGCCGCAAAAUGAAGGAGCACCUGCCGUGUCCCAGGCACCUGGAAACCAGAGGCCCAACAACACAUGUUGCUUCUGUUGGUGCUGUUGUUGCAGCUGCUCCUGCCUCACUGUGAGAAAUGAAGAAAGAGCGGGAACUGCAGAAAGACCCCCACACACCACCAAAAUGGAGAGCAUCCAGGUCCUAGAGGAAGAAGGGCAAAACCCCACUUCAGAUGAAGUCUUGUCCUGGUCUCAGAAUUUUGACAAGAUGAUGAAGGCCCCCGCAGGAAGAAACCUUUUCAGAGAGUUCCUCCGAACAGAAUACAGCGAAGAGAACCUACUUUUCUGGCUUGCCUGUGAAGACUUAAAGAAAGAGCAGAACAAAAAAGUAAUUGAGGAAAAGGCCCGAACGAUAUAUGAUGAUUACAUUUCAAUACUAUCACCUAAAGAGGUCAGUCUCGAUUCUCGAGUGAGAGAGGUAAUCAACAGAAAUCUGUUGGAUCCAAACCCCCACAUGUACGAAGACGCCCAACUUCAGAUAUACACCUUAAUGCACAGAGAUUCUUUUCCAAGGUUUUUGAACUCUCAGAUUUACAAGUCAUUUCUUGAAAGUACUGCCAGCUCUACUUCUGAAUCUUAAUUUUCAUUUUAAAAUGUCUCUUGGGAGGGCUGGGAUGGGACACAGACGUCGUUAAAUAACACCAGAAGCGGAGUCCCUGGAGAACUACAGUUUAGCAUUCCUCGGGCUACUGUGAAAAUACAACCAUGUGGUCUUUGUCUCCAUUUUUAUCAGGGUUAUCCAUGGCUAAGUUUGGAGAAAAUACCACGUAAAACAAUGAAUUGCCAAAUUAAGUUUGUUUUCUUGAACACUCAUUCUACUUGCAAGCAAACUGUGUUUGUAGUCCCACGAACAGUCUCCUAGCAUAUCUCCACAGGCCGCAUGUGCGAAGUAAAACUGCUUCAUUUGCCA